GCAAGCGGAAGUUGCAUGUUUACAAAGUGACAAGUUUGGUUAACAAGUUUUUUGUUGAAUAUAUGCUUAACUAAUGUUUUUAUAUCCAUAUGAGAAUUUAAACUAUUGAAAAAAACGUCCCAGACAACGUUCGGCAAAUGAGUUGAACCAUGUCAUUGUUGAAUUUUGCUAGGACAGGAUACGCUGUCAGAUGCAGUCUUCAUGUCCGAACUCCUUCGAUCAGGGAUGCAGUGUCAGAUGUUAAAUUAUGGAAGGAAAAGAUCCAUACAUGGCUGAAAGGGAGAAGAAUUUUCAUUCAGUCAAGACUGAGAACAAAUUGUCAGUCAUCACAGCAACAUACAAAUGGACUUCGUUAUGCUGAAAACUUAGUCAUAUUUUCCAGCGUCUCUAUAGGAUAUGUUCUUCUCAGAGGAGCUAGGUUGACACUAGAAUGUAAAGCUAAUAGGCAGAAAAAUUCAAGAUUAAUUGAUACAGAAGAAUCCACAAAUAAAACAGAUGUGCCAUUUGACUGGAAACAGUUCUUUGAUUUGCUAUGGCUGGAUGUCCUGUCUCUAUCAUUAGCAAUUAUAUGUGCCCUUGCGACAGCAUUAGUCAAUAUAAAGCUGCCGUUGAUGGUUGGAGAUGUUGUAAAUGUUGUGUCAAAAUUUGCGAAGGAUUCUUCAGGUGAUUUCAUGGCAGAAAUAAAGAAACCAGCUUUCAGACUUGUGGGAACCUACCUUAUGCAGGGGGCACUGACAGUGUCGUACAUUUCACUUCUCUCGAAUGUGGGUGAAAAUCUUGCUGCCAGACUUCGCAUCAAACUGUUUGACUCGUUACUAAGGCAGGACAUACAGUUCUUUGAUAAACACAAAACAGGGGAAUUAGUUGAUAGGUUGACAUCUGAUAUUCAAGACUUCAAGUCAUCAUUUAAACUUUGUAUAUCUCAGGGAUUAAGAGCAGUAACUCAGACAGUUGGUUGUAUUGGAGCAUUAUGGAUUAUUUCUCCAAAACUGACAGGCAUCAUGUGUGUGGUUAUACCAGUUAUCAUUGGAAUAGGAACCGUUAUGGGUUCCGGCCUUAGAUCAUUGUCAAAGUCAGCACAAGCUCAGGUAUCUAAAUCUACAGCAGUGGCAGAUGAGGCUUUGGGCAAUGUGAGAACAGUUCGUGCAUUUGCCAUGGAGGGAAAAGAACAUGAGUUGUUUUCCCAGGAGGUUGACAAAUCCCGUAUUUUGAAUAUCAGACUUGGGGUUGGUAUAGGAAUGUUUCAAGGCCUAGCAAAUAUAGCUUUGAAUGGUAUUGUUUUGGGAACACUUUUCAUUGGUGGUCAGUUCAUGUCUCGUGGUGACAUUACUGCUGGAGAUCUCAUGUCAUUCUUGGUGGCCACACAGACUGUUGAAAGAUCACUGGCACAGAUGUCUGUACUGUUUGGUCAAGUGGUUCGGGGUAUGAGUGCUGGUUCCCGUGUAUUUGAGUACAUAAAUCAUGAAUUUAGCAUACCAUUGAAGGGUGGAAAGACAAUACCAUACCACACCCUGCAGGGGGAUAUAGAAUUCUGUGAUGUAAACUUCAGUUACCCCACCCGCCCAGAACAGAGUGUGUUGAAAGAUUUCAGUUUGAAGAUUCCACAUGGUAAAACAGUGGCUCUGGUAGGGGCAUCUGGAGGAGGAAAAUCUACAAUAGCUGCAUUGUUGGAAAGAUUCUACGACAUAAAUUCUGGAAAAAUUACUAUUGAUGGUCAAAAUAUAGGUGACCUUGACCCUAGCUGGCUCCGGGGUCGAGCUAUAGGAUUUAUAAAUCAGGAACCAGUAUUAUUUGCUACAUCUGUGUUAGAGAACAUCAGGUAUGGGAGACCAGAUGCUUCAGAUGUUGAGGUACAUGAAGCAGCUACACAAGCCAAUGCUCAUGACUUUAUUCAGGGAUUCCCAAAGGGGUACAAUACAGUGUUAGGGGAGAGAGGUGUGACAGUCUCAGGGGGCCAGAAACAAAGGAUAGCUAUAGCCAGAGCCCUUAUUAAAAACCCAUCUAUACUUAUACUAGAUGAAGCCACAAGUGCACUGGAUGCCGAGUCUGAAAGAAUUGUUCAAGAAGCUUUAGAUAAAGUAUCAAGAGGCCGUACAGUAUUAGUGAUAGCACACAGGCUGAGUACUAUACGUGAUGCAGAUGUAAUAGCUGUUGUAGCCAAUGGCCGAAUUGUAGAGGUAGGGAACCAUGACAGUUUGAAGAAGAAGAAAGGACUUUACUGGGAGCUGAUUCAACAACAGGAGAUAGAAGAAGAAAUACAACAUUUCAAAUUCUAAUUGUUUUAUUUUAUAAGACUUUAUUUAUAUUUGUUAAGGCUCUGCUGUUGCUAGCAAUGAGAGGAACUUACAGUUUAGAUGAAAGUUUUAUAAACUGUUGCUACUCAGAUUCAGUUUCAGAAAUUGUGAUAUUUUGAAGAAAAAGAAUGUAAGUUUUAAAAAAGAAGUACUAAAAAUGAGGAGUUACUAUUUGUUGGAUUAAGAUACAUUGUUAACAAGAGUAUUGAUAACUUCUUGUUUCAUCGGUGGAUGAUAUUCGGAGACCUUCCAAGCUGACUGGUUAAGGGAAUGGAUUUGUAAAUGAACAAAAUAAUUUUAUAUCAUGUUAGCUGAAUAGUUAAUUUAUAUGAAGUUUCAGCAAAAAUUGUAUUCAAAGUUUGAGUAUUUUAUCUAGUUGUUUAAAAACUAAACAGAAUACAAUGUAAUAGGGUUAUUGUAAUAGUAGCUUGAUCUGGGAUGCUGUAUUCGGCUCGAGUGGAUUUUGCCAGGCCUGAUCACACUAGGUGGGUGAGAGCCAAAUACAAAAUCCCAGAUCUAGCUACUAUUAAAAUUACCCUUUUAUUAUACACCUCCACCUUUUUGUUUGUUGUUUUGUUAUCGAACAAAAUCUUCAAUGUUUAUCAAUGUUAAAAUAGAACCGAGUGUAGUUUUUGUGUACGCUAUUUAUAGAACUGUGUCAGGUCAUGCAUAUCAAAUGAAAGUAGUCUGGCAAUAUACAGUACAAAAGGUACAAUACAGAAUUUUUUCUGCCUGUCGUAUUUACUUGUGAAAUGCAAGCCAUAUUUUUGACAGACUUUAUAUAGGUAUAUAGUAAAAAAAUUAUGAUAUUGUCAAGGAUUUUAAGAUAGAAGUUUACUGCAGUAAUGAUUUUCAAUAAUUUAACUCAUAAAUAUCUCUUAUUCAUAUAAGCAUAAUAUUUCUGUAAAAGAUUGGUAAUCUGUGUGAACAACCGUAUGAAAAGAAUGCCAUAGGCAUGUCAUUAGAGUUGCUUUAAUUCUUUUUUUCCCUUACAUGUUAAAGAUGGGAAAACUCAAUCAUGUUGUGUUUACUGUAAAUUGAUCUAGGAUAUUUUUACUUGGGUUACAGAGUCCUCAGUUUUGAAAUGUGUUAUAAGAUUUAUAUAUAAGGAGAUUGAUUACUUGUCUGUCAUUUAAAAAACUGAUCUAUUAAAUAAACUCAAGAUUUUUAAGCA